AUGGGUAGAAAAUUGUGGUGCCUUUUCGUGCUCGCUCUCCUAUUAUGUGCGUCUAUCCACGCGGCCGACGCGAAGAAAAAGAAAAAGGUUGUAGUGGAGGAAGAGGAGGCAGCAGAUGAGGGAACCACCGCGGCUGAGCAGAGCGAUGAGGGCGACGCGGAAGAGAAAACGACCACAAAAGCUUCCAAAGCAGACGCUGAAGCUUCAGAGGAUGAAGAUGCGGAGCCGCCUGCGAAGCCCUUAAAGUCGUCUAAAAAAGCCAGCAAGCUUAAGAAGGCAGCGGAGGAGGAGGAGGGGGAGGAGAAGGAGGAAGCAGCAGCAGACGCCGACGAGGCCGAUGCCGCUCCUCCGAAAAAGGCAAAGUCUGCGAAGAAAGCGAGCGACGAUGAAGAGGAGGACGCAGACGCUGCGCCUGUCGCUAAGAAAAAGGCUGCAGCGGACGACGAGGAAGCUUCCGCUGAAACGGAGGACGAAGAGGAAGCUCCUGCUGCGAAAAAGGCGCCUGCGGCGAAAAAGAAGGCUGCAACCGCGGAUGAGGAAGGUGGGGAAGAGGAAGCAGCCGAGGAGGAGGAUAAGCCGAGCAAGGCCGCUGUAGUUAAGGCCACCAGCGCUAAGGAAGCAGAUUCCGAGGAGGAGGGGGAAGCAGAGGGCGAGAAGGUUACGGCGACUGAAGCCGAUGAGGAGAAACCGAAAGCUGCCAAGGGCGGCGUCGCGGCUGUGUCUAAGGAGCCUCCUAUGGAGUCACCGAAAGUCCCAGCCACGGCGUGGAAGUCGAAAAACCAGACGCGCGACGACAUUGAUCCGCAAGGUGCUUGCAAGCGGGACAUCGCGCUUCACUGCCAGGGGAUCACGCCUGGCGAGGCUCAGCUGUCGCUCUGCCUCGUCUUCCACAUCAAGAACGAGAAGGCCGGCAACGAAGUCGCCACGAUCAUGGUGUCCAAGAAGUGUCGCGCGGAGAUCCGGCAGUUCCGAUCCGACAUGUACAGGGACCUCUCCAUGGACAAGGCCAUGUCGACGGCGUGCAAGGCGGACAUCACCAAGUUCUGCGACGACGACUUCCUCUAUCCCGAACCCGGCAACAUCAUCGCGUGCCUCAGGGAAGUGAAGCAGGUGGAGAAGCUGCAGGACGCGUGUCUGGCGGAGGUGCUGCGACACCAGAUGGAGGCGGCGGACGACUUCGUGAUGGAUCCGCAGCUGCGCGAGCUCUGCAGCGGCGAGGCCGACCGCCUCUGCAAGGGCGUGGAGCCCGGGGAAGGCCGCAUUCAGAACUGCCUGAGGGAACACCGUGCGAAGCUGGCGUGGGAUUGUCAGGCGGAGCUGUUCCGGCAGGAGGUGGAGAACGCCGAUGACAUUCGCCUCAACGUCCGCCUAUUCCAAGCAUGCCUGAACGACCAGCGCAAGUUCUGUGCGGAUGUGAAGUAUGGGGAUGCGCGUGUGAAGGACUGCCUGGAGGACCAUCGCCUCGACGCCGAGUUCUCCCCUGGCUGCAAGACGGAGUUUGAGAAGAUGAUGGCGCGGAGGGCCACGGACUUCAGGCUGGACUCGCGCCUGCGCAAGUACUGCAAGGGCGACAUUGCCGAGAUCUGCUACCCGGACGCGGAGGACAUAUCGGACGUGGCCAACUACGACGCCAAGGUGAUCCAGUGUCUGCAGGACUACCGCGACGAGCUCAAGGACCCCAAGUGCAAGGCGCAGGUGCACAAGCUCACCGAGAGGGAGAUCGACAUCCGCUUCAACAAGCCACUCUCUGACGCCUGCCAAGCUGAUCGCACCACGGUGUGCAAGGACGCGCCGGAUGGGCAGGCGUCGGUGUUCAUGUGCCUGCAGGACCACAUGCCCCAGCUCAAGGAAGCCUGCCGUAACUCUGUCUUUGAGCAGUUGGUGCGCAUGGCGGAGGACAUAGACUUCAAGUUCCCCAUGAAGAAGGCCUGCCAGUCGGAGCUCGACAAGUUCUGCAAGGACGUGCCCCACGGCCAUGCAUCACGCAUCAAGUGUCUGCAGGACCACAUUGACGAUGCCGACUUUGGGGAGGCGUGCCGCAAGGAGGUGCAAUCCGACCUCGUGCGAUCAGCGCAAGACUACCGGCUGAAUUACCGGCUGCACAAGGCGUGCCUGCCCGACAUCCAGCAGCAGUGCCUGCACGCGUGCGACGCAGCCUCCGCCAACGGCACAGCCACGUGCGGCGGCAUGGUGCUGCGCUGCCUGCAGGACAACAAGGCCAAGCUGCAGUCCCCCUCCUGCGCCCAGGAGGUGGACUCCUUCAGCGUGAUAGAGGCCAAGGACCCGCUGUCGUUAGACGUGCCACUGCAGAAGGCGUGCCAGGGGGAUCUGGUCAAGCUGUGCCCGGAUGUGAGCCGGGAUCACGCACGUACAUUGUCGUGCCUGCGCACCAAGAGGGAGAAGCUGUCGACCUCGUGCCGCGAGGAGGAGAUGCGCUUCAGCAUCAUGGAGGCAUCGGACAUUCGGCUCACACCAUCCCUCAUGAAUGCAUGCGGCCAAGAGCUGCAGAGCCUGUGCCGCGACGCGCCCCCCACGGAGGGGCAGGCGUUCAAGUGUCUGCAGGAGCACCUGCAGGACGUGGGCAUGGGCGCAGCAUGCAAGGGCGAGGUGAACCUGCAGGAGGCGCGGCACGCCUCCAACUACCGCCUGGACGUGCGCGUGCGCAAGGAGUGCGAGGACGAUGUUACCAAGUUCUGUAACGGAGUGGACGCGGGGCAGGAGGGGAAUGCGUUGGUUCUCAAGUGUAUGGUUGGCAGCUUCAAGAGCCUCUCCUCCUCCUGCCAGUCCGAGGUGUCUUACGCGGUGCGCAUGGCUCUCUUCCAGUACCACAAGGGGGCAGCCCUCACCCAGCCCUGUGACACCGCUGUCGAGGAGCUCUGCAACACCGGCAGCGCCGCUGCUGCCACCACGCCAGUGAAGGAGAUCAACGGGGCGGUGAUCGGCGUUUACGGGCAGUGCCUCGUGUCGCAGAAGCGCCAGCGCCUGCCGGAGGAGUGCCGCACGCUGGUGAAGCUGGUGGCCAAGGAGGGCGCGUAUGUGGGCGGCACUGUGGACCAGAACAAGCUUGAGGAAACUCUUGAAAAGCUCAAGGCGCUACAGGAGGCAGCAGCAGCGGCAACAACAGCAGACGGUGGGAGGAUUGUUGCUCACGACACAGGUCUAGUGAUCUCCGGGUGGCUGGCUGCUGCUGCUCUGGCCGCGGUGGUCAUUGUCGCCAUUGCCAUCGGCUGUGCCGUCUACUACAGGUUCUUCAGCCCCACCCGCAACUACACUCUGGUUGUCAAGUCUUCUCCGGGUGCUGUUGGGGUGUAG